ACCAGGAGGGUCUGCCUUGCACUCCCCGAUCCAGGAGGAGAAUCCCGAACCCUCACAGCCCCAGCUUCUCCCCGGCUUUCAGAGUUGGUAGGAAGAGAGCAUUGAAGCUGUUUUCUCCUUGAUGCCAAGAUACGCCAAGCUAGGAGGACUGUCUUCUUUUCAUAGUCAUCUGCCAAGAACAGGCCUGCAGGACGUGGGGACCAAGACCGGAGCUUUGCUGUGCUCCAGCCACUGUCUGCCAUCUGUGGGCAUGGCCUGUGCUGGGAGCUGAGUACUGUCUGAGCAGCGAGGAGUACCAGCAUGGUUCACCCCACUGGCUGCCCUCAGCCACCCCGCUGCUGAAGCUACCCUGGAGAGACUUGUGGAGGCUGCUCUGCCCAUGCUUACCCAGGCUGUGGGGCCAGGGGCCUGUCAAGGCUAGGAGCGGGGCCUGCCCUUCAUGGGUCUCUAGGGAUUUGAGAUGCCUGGGAAGAGAGGCUGGGGCUGGUGGUGGGCCCGGCUGCCCCUUUGCCUGCUCCUCAGCCUUUAUGGCCCCUGGGUUCCUUCCUCUCUGGGGAAGCCCAAGGGCCAUCCCCACAUGAAUUCCAUCCGCAUAGAUGGGGACAUUACAUUGGGAGGCCUGUUUCCGGUGCACGGCCGGGGCUCAGAGGGCAAGGCCUGUGGAGAACUCAAGAAGGAAAAGGGCAUUCACCGGCUGGAGGCUAUGCUCUUUGCUCUGGAUCGCAUCAACAAUGACCCGGACCUGCUGCCCAACAUCACGCUGGGCGCCCGCAUUCUGGACACCUGCUCGAGGGACACCCAUGCCCUUGAGCAGUCACUGACCUUUGUGCAGGCGCUCAUCGAGAAGGAUGGCACAGAGGUCCGCUGUGGCAGUGGCGGCCCACCCAUUAUCACCAAACCUGAACGUGUGGUGGGUGUCAUUGGUGCUUCAGGGAGCUCGGUCUCCAUCAUGGUGGCCAACAUCCUUCGCCUCUUCAAGAUCCCCCAGAUCAGCUACGCCUCCACAGCCCCUGACCUGAGUGACAACAGCCGCUACGACUUCUUCUCCCGCGUGGUACCCUCGGAUACGUACCAGGCCCAGGCCAUGGUGGACAUCGUCCGUGCCCUCAAAUGGAAUUACGUGUCCACGCUGGCCUCAGAGGGCAGCUACGGUGAGAGCGGCGUGGAGGCCUUCAUCCAGAAGUCCCGGGAGGAUGGGGGCGUGUGCAUCGCUCAGUCGGUGAAGAUACCACGGGAGCCCAAGACAGGAGAGUUUGACAAGAUCAUCCGGCGCCUCCUGGAAACCUCAAAUGCCAGGGCAGUCAUCAUCUUCGCCAAUGAGGACGACAUCAGGCGUGUGCUGGAGGCUGCACGGAAGGCCAACCAGACAGGCCACUUCUUCUGGAUGGGCUCGGACAGCUGGGGCUCCAAGAGUGCACCUGUGCUGCACCUAGAGGAGGUGGCUGAGGGCGCCGUCACCAUCCUCCCCAAGAGGAUGUCCGUGCGAGGCUUUGACCGCUACUUCUCCAGCCGCACGCUGGACAACAACCGGCGCAACAUCUGGUUUGCCGAGUUCUGGGAGGACAACUUCCAUUGCAAGCUGAGCCGCCACGCGCUCAAGAAGGGCAGCCACGUCAAGAAGUGCACCAACCGGGAGCGCAUUGGGCAGGACUCGGCCUAUGAGCAGGAGGGGAAGGUGCAGUUUGUGAUUGACGCCGUUUACGCCAUGGGCCACGCUCUGCACGCCAUGCACCGUGAUCUGUGUCCGGGCCGCGUGGGGCUCUGCCCGCGCAUGGACCCUGUGGAUGGCACCCAGCUGCUCAAAUACAUUCGCAGUGUCAACUUCUCAGGCAUCGCAGGGAACCCCGUGACCUUCAAUGAGAAUGGGGACGCACCUGGGCGCUAUGACAUCUACCAAUACCAGUUGCGCAAUGGCUCUGCCGAGUACAAGGUCAUCGGCUCCUGGACUGACCACCUGUACCUCAGAAUAGAGCGGAUGCAUUGGCCAGGGAGCGGGCAGCAGCUGCCUCGCUCCAUCUGCAGCCUGCCCUGCCAGCCGGGUGAGCGGAAGAAGACAGUGAAGGGCAUGCCGUGCUGCUGGCACUGUGAGCCCUGCACAGGGUACCAGUACCAGGUGGACCGCUACACCUGUAAGACAUGUCCCUAUGACAUGCGGCCCACAGAGAACCGCACAGGCUGCCGGCCCAUCCCCAUCAUCAAGCUUGAGUGGGACUCGCCCUGGGCCGUGCUCCCCCUCUUCCUGGCUGUGGUGGGCAUCGCUGCCACACUCUUUGUGGUGGUCACCUUCGUGCGCUACAACGACACACCCAUCGUCAAGGCCUCGGGCCGCGAGCUGAGCUACGUGCUGCUGGCGGGCAUCUUCCUGUGCUAUACCACCACAUUCCUCAUGAUCGCCGAGCCCGAUCUGGGUACCUGCUCUCUGCGCCGCAUCUUCCUGGGGCUGGGCAUGAGCAUCAGCUACGCCGCCCUGCUCACCAAGACCAACCGCAUCUACCGCAUCUUUGAGCAGGGCAAGCGGUCAGUCAGUGCCCCGCGCUUCAUCAGCCCUGCCUCACAACUGGCCAUCACCUUCAGCCUCAUCUCCCUGCAGCUGCUGGGCAUCUGUGUGUGGUUUGUGGUGGAUCCCUCCCACUCGGUGGUGGACUUCCAGGACCAGCGGACGCUCGACCCCCGCUUCGCCAGGGGUGUGCUCAAGUGCGACAUCUCGGACCUGUCGCUCAUCUGUCUGCUGGGCUACAGCAUGUUGCUCAUGGUCACGUGCACUGUGUACGCCAUCAAGACACGCAGCGUGCCGGAGACCUUCAACGAGGCCAAGCCCAUCGGCUUCACCAUGUACACCACCUGCAUCGUCUGGCUGGCCUUCAUCCCCAUCUUCUUUGGCACCUCGCAGUCAGCAGACAAGCUGUACAUCCAGACCACGACGCUGACCAUCUCGGUGAGUCUGAGCGCCUCGGUGUCCCUGGGGAUGCUCUACAUGCCCAAGGUCUACAUCAUCCUCUUCCACCCGGAGCAGAACGUGCCCAAGCGCAAGCGCAGCCUCAAAGCCGUCGUCACCGCUGCCACCAUGUCCAACAAGUUCACGCAGAAGGGCAGCUUCCGGCCCAACGGGGAGGCCAAGUCCGAGCUCUGCGAGAACCUGGAGGCCCCUGAGCCCUCUCCCCUGUUGAGUGAUCUUCACAGCAGUCUUGUGAAGGACUAGAGCGCUGGCCAGCAAACAGACGUACGUCACCUAUACCAACCAUGCGAUCUAGCCAGGCCUUUGGAGUCGAAGAGGAGGAGGAGGAACCGAGACCCUGUGGAUGGUGCAUCAGGCCAGGGCUGCUCCCAGGGACCCAGCAGAUAUCCUGCCUGCCAUGGGUGCCCACGGCUGUGGCUUGGUGCUGAGGAUAGCAGAGCCCCCAGUGUUCACUGCUGGGUAGCCUGGGCAAGCCAGGCAAGGUGACAGGAGAGGACAAGGGGAUGGGGCAGCUUCAGUCCAUCCCAAGGGCUUGUGUCUUGAGCUGUGGCCUCUCCUGGCCCCAAGCCAUGGGAGCUCAGGCUGCGUGGGCCCCAGUGCUGGCUCCCCGCUCCUUCCACCUCUGCCUGUCCCACUGGUGACUUCUGCGGUCUGUUGUCAUCCCUGUGUUCAUUUUCUCUUACCUCCUUGUGUCACCUUUUCUCUGUGGGUCUCCGGUGUUUGUGUGCUCUCCCUUUUUUUUCCUCCUGCGUUCUCUCCCCGUUGCUCCUGUUUUUCUCUUGGGUUCCACUGGGUCUUGCUUGUGCAUUUUCUUUCCUGUCUUUAGCCCCCUCUUCGCCUUCAUUUGUGUCCAGCCUUUGCUCUCCUCUCCCUGCCACCCUUUCCCAGUUCACCAAAUCUUACAUGUUACAAAAGAGAAAAAAGGGUAAAAAAAAAUCAAAACACAAAAAAGCCAAAACAAAAACAAAUCUCAAGUGUGUUCCAAAGUGCUGCGUCCUCCUGGUGGCCUCUGUGUGUGUCCCUGUGGCCCGCAGCCUGCCCGCCUGCCCCCACCCGUCUGCUGUGUGUCCUCCCCGCCUGCCCCUCCUGCCGAUGACAUGGAGUUCAGUGCCUGGGUGUCUGGUGAUGGUUAUUGACGAC